UGAAACUUUCAAUACGUUAUUCAACAAAUGUUUAGUUCAUAAUCUACUAUACAAUGAUUUUCUAUUAUACUGAAAGAAAUUUUCUUCUAUCGUCGGCUUCAAUGUUAACAUCAUUGGUUGUAUAUUAUACUAAUCGCCGACAACUGGCCAAACAAUCGCCGCCAAUAAUUAGACGUCAAGUAGGGCUAGAAAUGCUUAACCAGCAAAAUAAAGCCAAUAAUACUAAUAAGCCAUGGAUUGAAUGGUUAAGUAGAGCUCACAUGAAGUUUGAAGUUGACUUAAAAAAAUUGAAACAGGACUACAAGUUUAGUGUAAUCGUGUUGAUGGGUGUCAUAUAUGAGGACAACGAAUCUAUCGAAACAAUCGGUACAGGUCUCAUAAUUGAUAACAACCGUAAUCUAGCCAUCACCAAUGCUCAUGUAGUGGCCGGCUAUAACUUUAUGUUUGCCCAAACAUGUUUUAUGGCCAAAACCGUACAAUUAGCGGAACAGUCGACCGUCGAGACGACAUGUAUGACAAUAGCACGGGUUGUAUAUAGUGAGGACAAUCUGGAUCUGGCAAUAGUACAGUUGGCUGAACUACGGGCUUGUCAACAGUUGCCGAUUAUGUGGCCAAAGUUUUGUCCACCAGAACUGGGCGAACCGGUAGUCAUUUUGGGUAACGGCGAACAACAAUAUUGGACAAUCUAUGUCGGCUAUGUUAACGUUAUUCAUCCAUUGGCUUAUCAAUCAGUCAUAGAGUCUAAUAAAUCGCAACUUUUUGUAGUACAUAAUUCAAAUGUAACUCCUGGUACGUCCGGUUCGCCUAUAAUUAACGCCAACUACGAUAUUAUUGGCAUUAAUUUUGCUGAAAUUGAUAUGACUGACAAAUCUAAACUGGGAACCCAUAGUCAAUGUACAGUUGAGUUUAUUCAAAGAGCUAUGAAAUACGAUCAGUCUAUGGAUAGACUAAACGAAAAACACAAUCGUUUCAUAUAUUAUACUGAAUUUUUGUACAACAAAUUAGGUAUUAUUUUGGCUAAAACUACUGAUAUUAAUAAAACUGGUUUUGUGGUCAUCGAUAUCAUAGACAAUCGCAGGUUUAAACUACAAAUCAAUGAUAUAAUAGUCAAAGUCAAUGGCCAGCCGUUUGCCGAUAUCAGCCAAAUCACUGAUGCCAUCAAUAGAUCUGAGGGUAAUAUUGAUUUGAUGGUCAAUCGCAACGAAAACAUACUACCCGUGAAAGCCAGUAGAUUAAUUGACAUACUUUCGCCAACAAUGUUUUAAU